UACACCAUCCAUCCCCCAACAGCAAUGGCAGACGCAAAUAAAUCAAUCAAAUUAGUUGAAAUUUGCCGAAUUGCUCCACAACAUGCAGAUCAAGAGUUCUCGCUUCCUCUAACUUUCUUCGACAUAAUUUGGUUAAAGUUUCCACCCAUCCAACGCCUUUACUUCUACGAAAUAGUGUCUUCCUCAAAAAACACAUUCUUCUUCGAUUCUAUACUUCCAAAGCUCAAAACCGCGUUAUCUCUUACCCUCCAUCACUUUCCACCUUUAGCAGGAAACAUCACUUGGCCCCAAGACUCCCCUAUACCAAUCCUCAGUUACCUCCGAGGGGACGCCGUUUCGGUCACUGUAGCCGAGUCCGAUGCUGAUUUCCACCACCUAGUUUCAAGCAAUAGCUUUAACAUUGAAGCCAAAGAAUACCAUCCUCUCGUGCCCCAGUUGGACGCUUGUCACGAAAAAGCCGCAGCACUUGCAUUGCAAAUUACUCUCUUCCCAAACAACGGCUUUUCUAUUGGAACAUCCGUGCACCAUGCUGCCCUAGACGGCAAGAUGUCAACCAUGUUUGUGAAAUCAUGGGCUUACAUAUGUAAACACGAAUCCGAUUUGGUACCAGACCAGCUCAAACCAUUUUACGACCGAAGGGUCAUCCCUGACCCGACAAGGAUCGACUUAAUUUAUUCGAACCACUUUCUAAAUAUCGAUUUGGAGCGACCCAACAAUCGUAGCUUGAUGCCUUUCCAAUUUGAAGCUCCACAACCAGCCUCGGUUCGAGGGUGCUUCCAAUUCACACCGACCAAAAUUGAAGCAAUAAGGCAGUUGGUGAAAGCGAAGAAACAACAACAUCAAUCGGUUCCUUUGUCCAAAUUUUGCGUCACAAUUGCUUAUGCAUGGAUUUGCUUGGUCAAGGCAGAGGAAAUAAAAUCCAAAAAAAUACGAUUGAUUUUUGGUGUGGAUUGUAGGUCUCGAUUGGAUGCACAAAUAUCUGCAAACUAUUUUGGAAAUUGCAUAGCCCCACGCAUAGCAGUUGCAGAAAGCGAAGGCGUAUUUGGAGAAGACGGGCUGGUUGUGGCUGUAAAUGCAAUCAGUGAAGCCCUAGAAGGUUUAGAUAAUCGGCUUCUGAAUGGAGCGGAGGCUUGGAUGGAAAUUAUGCAACCACAGGCCGAUAAACUUUUUUCUGUUGCCGGUUCACAGCUGUUUAGGGUUUAUGAUACUGAUUUUGGAUGGGGAAGGCCAAGGAAGGUCGAAGUCGUUUCGAUUGAUAGGAGUGGGGCUAUCUCUUUCUCAGAUAGCAAAGAUGGCGAUGGUAGUAUUGAGAUUGGGGUUGUUUUGAAAAAACAAUGUAUGGAGGUUUUUGCUUCUCUAUUUGCUAAAGGGAUCUAAGACCUUUGAAGCCGUGUUUUUGAAGUACUUAAAAUUUAUAUUCUAUUUUUGUUAUUUAAUGUGUAUUUUUAUUUAAUGUCUUCACAAUAAAAUUUUAAUUUUAUUAA